GGACGCUGUCGAUCAGCCGGUCGCCCAGCAUACGGCCCUCGGCUGGAUCGUCUUUGGCCCAGUCACUAGCGCAACCCUCCCUCAGGAGGGCCGCGCGCUCAGCUCGCUAUCCGGAGGUCUGGACCUCGACCUUCACGAAAUCGUGUCUCGCUUCUGGGCUCAGGAGGAACUUCCGUCACACGGGCCGCCUCCGUUAAGCGAAAGUGAAGCCCAGUGCGAAAGCCACUUCGUCCAAACCCACUCACGAUCACCAUCCGGUCGAUACGUCGUGCGGCUCCCCUUCUGGUCGGACCCGCCGGCACUCGGCGACUCAUACUUUGCGGCCUCGCGCGCGUUCCGCAGGAGGCGCUCGAGAUUCGAGGCGGACCUGGAGCUGAAGCGCCUCUACACGGACUUUAUGCGCGAGUACUUUAAGUCCUCGGCCACAUGGCUCCCGCUCCCACCUCCUCUGUGCGUCCAGCGCACGUCUGUUUUCUGCCGCACCACGGCGUCUUCCGCAAGGGCGCCUCAACAAGCAAGCUCCGCGUUGUGUUCAACGGUUCGCUCCGCAGCUCCGCGGGCACGUCACUCAACGACUACCUGCAUGUCCACGACUGUCGGGCCGAAGCUGCAACACGACCUCGCCGACAUCUUGCUUCGCUGGCGAUGCUAUUCCCACGUCUUUCUGGCCGACGUGGAAAAGAUGUACCGCAAGAUCAUCGUCCAUCCCGAAGAUCGCGACUUCCAGAGAAUCCUGUGGAGCACCACCGACGUCCCAGGCCAGUUCCAGCUCGGCACGGUGACCUACGGACUAGCGUGCGCCCCCUUUCUCGCGCUCAGGGUUAUUAAGCAGCUGGCCGACGACGACGGUCACCUCUACCCGGAAGCCGCCCGCGUCAUCCACGAGAACAUGUACGUCGACGACGUGCUCUCGGGCGCCGACUCCGUGGAGCUCGCCCGCGCUAAGGCCGCGCAG